AACAAGGCAAGAGCGGUGGUGGUGGCGGCCUUGGUGGUGGCGUGCAUGGCGGCAGCGGACGAGAAGCAACAAGGAUUAAUGGGCGAUAUGUGCGAUACGACGGGCAUGGGCGAGAACUGCAAGAAGGGAAACAUUACAGAGGCUAAGAAGGUUAUAGAAAAUGCAUUUGACGCGGCGGUGGAGGAGCUGAAGAUCGCAAUAAAAAACACAACAUUGUUCAAGGAGUUGGAGAAGGACUACAUGACCAAGCAGGCACUGGACGUGUGCGAGCGUGUACUUGGUGACGGCAUUGAAGAAAUCCAUACGUCGUUGGAGAAAGUCAGCCAGUAUGAGAUCGGGCAAGCGGAUCAUGUCCUCGAUGAGGUGAAGAUAUGGUUGAGUGCUGCCAUUACAUACAAAGACACCUGCUUCGAUGCAUUUGCCAAAACCGAAGGCGAGUCUGGGGCUAAGGUGAGGGAAAUGCUGAAGAUAAGCGGCGAGAUGAUGAGUAAGAGUUUGGCGAUGGUGAUCGAAUUCCAAAAGACGUACGAAUCCGUGAAGAAAGAUUUGGGGGAUUUGAUGAACAGCAUCAAGGCGCCAAGGCAGCUCCUCGGUGGUGAAAGCAUUCCUGAUUUCGUCAAAGGCCAUGCGAGGAAGCUUGUUGAGAACCCUAAGAUCGCGUUGAAGCCUAACGUGGUGGUGGCGCAAGACGGCAGCGGCCAGUUCAAGACCAUCACUGAGGCCAUUCAUUCCGUACCUCCGAAAAAUAAAGUCCCAUAUGUGAUUUUAGUAAAAGAAGGUAUUUACAAGGAGUAUGUUGAGAUUCCCAAAAAGGUGGAUGAAGUCAUUUUGAUCGGAGAGGGGCCGUUGAAGACCAGAAUUACUGGUAACAAGUGUUUCACCGAUGGUGUUCAGACCUAUGACUCCGCAACUCUAAUCGUGAACGGACGAGGCUUCAUCGCCAAGGACAUCGGGAUUGAGAACACAGCGGGCCCUAGCGGGCACCAGGCAGUGGCGGUGAGAGCCUCAGGUGAUGUGGGCAUCUUCUUCAACGUGCACAUGGACGGGUACCAGGACACCCUCUAUUCCCACGUCCAACGCCAGUUGUUCCGGGAGUGCCGGAUCAGCGGCACUGUUGACUUCAUCUUCGGAAACGCCAUCUCCGUGUUCCAGAAAUGUGAGCUCGUGGUGCGGAAGCCUAACCCCAGCCAGGCCUGCAUGGUCACUGCCCAGGGACGCAAUGAGAAGAACCUCACCGGGAUUAUUAUCAUCCAAGGCUGCAACUUCACUGCAGAGCAGGACUACCUUGAUGCUCAGCCUCCCUUCAAGUCUUACCUCGGCCGCCCGUGGAAGGUCCUAUCCAGGACGGUCAUCAUGCAUAGCAACAUUGACGGCUUCAUAUCUCCUGAUGGCUGGUCUCCGUGGGAGGGGACCAUCGGCUUGGAUACCCUCUUCUACGCCGAGUAUAAGAACACUGGGCCCGGCUCCGAUCUCUCCAAACGGGUCACCUGGCCUGGUAUAAAGCAGUUUGCCAAUGAUGAAGAAGCAAAGGCAUGGACUCCCCUCGUACAUUUUAUUGAAGAUGGAUGGAUCCUUGACAGUGGAGUUCCUUUCGCUCCCGAAUUCAUCUAACUUCAUUCAUUAAUUAAUCUUUUUUUGUUUAUUAUUAGCUAUGUGGAAUGCAAUCAACGGAUUGGAUUGUGUUUUAAUUUAGAUAGUACUACUACUAGUGUUCCACUUGUCCUUGUGUUUUCAUUAUUUUCUCUUCAAACUACGGAUUUGUGUUAUUUGUCUAUCGAUAUCUAAAUCCCUAGAAUUAUAGGGAUGUGUUAA